AUGCCGAGCACAGAGUUGACAAAUUAUAAUUUUCAUGCCGAAUACAACUCUUCUACUAGUGCGGAUGAACUUUUUGUUAAGCAUAGUAUUCCCGAGCUACGUGCUCUUGAAAAAAGAACAAGAUCCGAUAUUGAGGAAAAAAAACAGGAAUUAAGGCUUAUGGUUGGUGAACGAUAUCGUGACCUGAUCGAUGCGGCUGAUAGUAUAGUUAACAUGCGUCAUUGUGCCUUAUCUAUUCAAGAAGAAUUACAUCACAUGCAAGAUUCUUGUGAUGUUAAUGUUCUGAAAAGCACUGUUAGAGCUCAAAUAAAUGAAGAUAAGAAGGGAACAAAAGAAAGCCAUAAAUAUUUAAAUGCUAGUCGUUUGUACCUUAUUGCAAAGUUGGUGUAUAAAAAUCUUCAAGCUCAUAAUGAGGAUUCACCUUUCAAUGUGUCGGUGACUUUCCCGGUUGUUCAACGUCAAUGGGAUGCCGUCAGUCACUUUAAAGCUCAAAUUCUUCAAAAAGCCACGCUAUAUUUAAAAGUUAUUGAACAAUCUGAGCAGAGUCUUGCAGAAACGCUUUGCGCGAUAAUGUUGCUGGACGAUGUGACCAAAAAAGAUGUAUUUCGUAAAUGUCUUGAUAUGCGAACAUCAGCGCUGAUACAAAUUUUAGAAAAGUCUGAAGCAAAAGAUACAAAAUCAAUGGUGGAACAGUUCAAGGAAAUGAUUCGUCUUAUCCGAGGCACUGUUUAUCAUGUUGGUUCUGUAUUCAUUAGUGCAGACAAUGAACAAUCAUUAUUUGAAUCAUAUCUGCAUCAACUACAACAAGGAUUCACUAUUUAUGAAGAUUCUGCGCAGCCAUCUCCUGCUUUGAUGUCUCCGCGUGAUUCAAAAGCUUCUUUAACCCGUCUAUAUUCGCCUUCGACAAAUAUACACCUACUUGUACGUUACCUUCCUGAAUCAAUUCAAACAUUUACUCCUUUUUUACAUAUGUCUGGUACACGUGGCCAACUUUCACAAGAUGAUAUUACAACGCGAAUGAAUUUAUGGGUAGACCAAAUUGUUGAACAAUUCCAUGAAAAACUUGAUACCUUGUUAUCAAAAGUACCUUGUGCAAAAGAGUUGCAUGAAUUAAGGAAAAUAAUUUGGGAAAUUUUAAGAGAAGAUGAAUGCAUUAAAGAGGAGAAUCAAUCUUUGUUUAAAAAGUUUCCAAGUAAAGUUCAUAGAACUAGUUUGGGCUUUGAACUGAACUUAAAAAAGACAGCUUUGCCUUGGUAUCUUGUAAAUAUUGAAAUUUUUAUCCUUAAUUGGUUUUUUGUGAGUUUUACUGUUUGGAAUGGUUUCAACAAACGAUUCAAAGAUAUUAUAAUGUCUUCGUUUGCUGAAUUAUCUAAACAACCAGAAAAGUUGCUUAAAAAUAGAUUGUACAAUCUUGAAGAUCCUAAUAAUGAAGGUAAAAAAUCACGCAUAAUGAUUAAGAAAUAUAUUCUUAUGACUAUGUUUGAUCAAAAAUCAGAAAGACAUCUUGGAAAUUUUAUUUGGGCGCAUGGGUCCACAUUUUUUAAUUCAAAGCCUCACGAUAAUACUGCAUCAUGGAAUUUAAAGGAUAUUAAGGAUGAUAUGGAACCAAUAUUUGCUUUAUCAGGGAACGGUCGUACUAAUGAUAUAUUUCUAGAUGAGUUUUCUAGUGGUGAAUUGUUUAAUGCCAAUAGUGAUACGGAGGAUUUAUCCGCAUUCUUUCAAGAAACAAUUAUAAGUUCUGUUACAUCUUAUCGUAACCAGCUUGAUAGUUUAUUGGAAGAGGUUGAUACAAGUGAUAAAAAUGAAGAUUCUCAAGCCAUAGCAUCUACAGAGCUGCCUUUACUUUUGCAAUUGGUAUUCAUCAAGGAGAAAAAAGUAAAUCAAUUAAAUAGUCGCCUUUCAUCAUCGCCAUCAUCGUUAGAUUCACGCCUAGUAAAUUUACGCCAGACCUUAAUGGAUGUUUAUUUCCCGGCUCAUCAGCCAUGGAUUAAAUGGAUCACUCAUAAUGUACAAGUUACUAUUUCUAAAAUGUUAUCUAAUACUCAUUGGGAUGAAGCCAAUGUGCAAACAUUAGUUUGGGAAGUACAGGGUCAAGAAGGUAAUAAAAUGAAGUUGCCUUCACAACCAUCAACCACAAUUAUGAACAGUUUGUUUAAUGCUUGUCAGGAAAUCAAUCGUGUUGGCAGUCCAACAUUACACGAGUUUCUUGACUUAUACACGCAGUUUGUUUCGGAUACUGUUCAAUUCACAAAUGUUUCUGAAAAAAAUGAUAUUCAAGCAUAUAAACAAAGAGAACAAAUGGCAAAUCAAAUUUUGGAGGCAAUUAGACUUAAAAUUGAUCCAAUAGAUUUUGAAAUAUUUAAGCCAUUUCUUGAUAAGAAUGUCGAGAGACAUUAUACCCGGAGUUCAAUUAUGUUAGGGUUUUUAAUUCAAUUAAAUCCGAAGAUUACUGAUAU